AUGCAGCAGGCAGCAAGCAAGCCAUGCUUCAUGGCAGUUUCUUGUUUGGCCUUCUCUUCGGCCCUGGAGAUGGUGGAAACAUAUUUCUUCGAAACUUCGCUCUGCAUAUCAGCGCUGGUGCUGCUGGCCGUUGUUGGCGCGGAAGAAGGAAAGGCGAAGAGGCAGGAGAAGAGAGGUCUGUUGGGGCUGGGGUACGGCACCCUGGGAGGCUACGGAGUAGGAAGUGGACUCUCAGGUUACAGCGGCAGUGGGUUGGCUAAUUUGGCUUUACCUCCGGGCCCCGUUCCCCUGGCUGCACCCGCUUCUGGUCCUCUUCUGCCCCCUCCACCUCCAUACGCACUCCCCCCACCUGUGUACGCACACCCUCAACCUGUAUACCCAUCCUCUCACGUGAUCGGUGCAUCGGUCUACACCACCGUCACCAAACAGGUCGCGGUCCCUGUGCCUCAUCCAGUGCCGGUGCCUGUAGAGAAACACGUCCCUUUUCCGGUGCCUGCACCAUACGCUGUCCCUGUGCCCCGUCCCUAUCCUGUCGCUGUGCCCAAGCCAUAUGCUGUUCCUGUUGACAGACCCUACCCUGUCGCAGUCCCUGUCGCCAAGCCGUACCCUGUCGCUGUCCCCCAUCCUGUUGCUGUCCCUCAUCCUGUUGCUGUCCCUGUAGCUAAACCCUACGCAGUCCCUGUGGCACUGCCUGUACCGAAACCUUACGCAGUCCCUGUGCCUCAACCUGUAGCUUUCCCUGUAGCUAAACCUUAUCCAGUCCCUGUGCCCCAACCUGUGCCAGGCAUUACGGUAGCCAAGCCGGUACUUGACCCUGUGCCCUAUGGCCACGGUUACCAUCACUGA